AGGCUCCUGCCUCGAUCACCUGGUCACACGAAUAAUGGAAGAAGUGAAACUACUAGGGUUUUGGCCAAGUCCGUAUGUUUACAGAGUGAUAUGGGCUCUAAAGCUCAAGGGUGUGAAAUAUGAGUACAUAGAACAGGACAUUUUUAACAAGAGUGAACUUCUGUUGCAGUGCAAUCCAGUUUACAAGAAGGUUCCGGUGCUUCUUCACCGGGGAAAACCGAUUUCCGAGUCGGUUGUCAUCCUUGAAUACAUAGAAGAAACUUGGCCAGAGAAUCAUCUGCUGCCUGAAGAUGCUUAUGAAAGAGCUUUGGCUCGGUUUUGGAUACAAUUCCAUACAUGUCAGAUUCCCAGUUUUCAUGCAUUUUUCGGAUUAACUGCCGGAGAAGAUCAACAAAAGACAAUCGAAUCAGUGUUGGAAACGCUGAAAAUAUUGGAAGAGCAAGGGCUUGGCGACAAGAAGUUUUUUGGGGGUGAUAGUAUAAACUUGGUAGACAUAACGCAUGGAUGGCUGGCUCUUUGGUUCGGAGCCGUUGAAGAAAUGGUGGGUGUCAAAUUGCUUGAGCCAAGCACUUUGCCUCGAUUGCAUGCUUGGGUUCAGAAUUUCAAGCAAGUUCCUGUCAUCAGAGACAACCUUCCUGACUACCAAAAAUUGGUUGCUCAUAUGAAACGCGUAAGGGAAAUGCUUGUCCCUCAAGUCUGAGAUAUUCUGUGGAUUCAGUUUGUGUAUCUGCAGCCUCAUGACUAGAAUAAUAAUAAUAAUGAGAAACUAUCAUGUAGAUACACUCUCUCUGCUUACCUCUCUCCUUUAGGUGAUCUUAUCUCAGUUUAUAUUCUCCAACUGCGACUGCCACCACUACCCCCGUGGUCACCACCACUACCGUGUUAAACGUAAUGUUCUUUCUCCCUGUUAGUUGUAUCAAUUGUUAAGUAGAGUUGUGUCACUUGAGAAGAGUUGUGUUUAGGAAGAGUUGUAUCUCUUUAGAUGUCUAGGGUCAUGUCUGCAACUCUUGGAGCUAAUCCAAGAAUUAAGUCUGUUAUGAAAAGGCCUGAACGUUAUUAGAAAUAGCCAAUAAGAUAGCCUAGUGUUGUAAUCAAUUUGAAAUCAAUAAAGUUAGUUGAUAAAGCUUCA